AUGGCAGCGGAAGCUCAAGAGACGAAAAAUGCGCGAACGAUCGGAUCUAUCUCCUCUUGGCUCGCGUCGUCCUCGAAUAUUCGUCCGCAGGUCGACGCGAACGAGCCGUGGGUCCCUGCAGGUGUAGCAGGACGACCGCCGUCAAGCUCGUCGACCCAUCCCGGUCACGAGUUGCCUGCAAGAUCCCCGUUCGAUCCCGUUGCAGCCAGGCUGGCCUAUGAACGGGGGCUGGUGUCAUCCUUACGUCUCAUUGGCCACGACGUCCGUACACCGUCGGACAUCUCCCAUUUGCCUGAUGGAACAUCCCGCUUCAAGCUGAAACGGUUGCCACCCAACAUACUCGACUCUUCGGAGCUCCAAAUGCUCUCCUUUCUCCCACAUCUUUUCUGAUCAGAUUCACUCGCACUAAAAUGCCACACUCGGGCUCCCAACCC